ACACAUUGGAUUUCUGCUAUUGUGGAAAUGCUUAACAAUUCUCUACGAGUGUCUAUGGGGCGAGACUACGCCGGAGUGUGUGAUGCUUCGAAGAAAACGCAUUAGGAAACAACAAAUGUAACUCACGAGGUUUGAAUGACUUAUCACAAGGAACUGGAGGCUUAGUCUGUGGAGGACAGUAAAGAAUGGAUUCCGAAGCAGAGUCUUCAGAUGUUGUAAGUGAUGCUGUCGAGAAAGCGAGUGGUGCUGGUGGUGAAAGCAAUGGAGAGUCAUCAGCCAAAAGGCCCAAGGUGGACAUGUCAUCAUUACCAACUCGGCAGUACCUGGAUCAGACUGUGGUGCCCAUCCUUCUGCAAGCUGUCACACAGCUGAACAAAGAAAGACCUGGAGAUCCAAUAGAGUGGCUGGCAAAUUACCUCAUCAAAAAUAAGCCUCAGUUCACCAAUGGAAGCACAUAGUUGUGCCAAAGUGAAAGACCUGCUGUAGGUCUGGGAGACGAGUUUUUCAGAUGGUAAUCCCAAGUUCAAAUCAUCUACCUAAGCAACAUUACCACUGAUAUUGUGUAUCUUAUCAAUCAAAUCUCUAACUUUUAACAUCACUCUAGUAGGCUGCUGCUCUCUGUAGUGGAAACCCCUAAAAUAAGAAAUUUACAGACUGUAGUUGAUGUAUUUAAUAUUAAACUUUGCACAGCCAUACAUGCACAACAGCAGCUAAUUUGUUUUACAUAUAAUUUGGCAUUUCUUUGAUAGAUUUAUAACUAAACUUGACAUUUAUCUAAAUGAUUCUUAAUUAUUUUCAGAAAUUAAGUAAUGCUUCAUAAUGUUUAUCCUUUUUUCACAGACUUAUUAUGUACAGUAUAUAAUUAUAAAAAAUCAUUACAUGUACUUGGUUUUACAAAGGGUUUAUUUCUAUCAGCAACAUAUAAAAUGAUUGAAGAAUGUAGAAAGUUUGAACAGACCUUUUCACUUGAAUGUUUCAUCUCAGCAUUCACAAUGCAAUUUUUACAAUUCUAGUUGUCUUACUUUUGUAUUUAUUUAAAUGUAUAAAAUAAGAUUUUCAUUUAUAUAGAUUUAAGAAUGAAUAAUAUGAAAAUAAAUCUGGUUUUGGUUAUCAACAGUAUUAGUAAUUCACUGCCUAUUUGUUAUAUUCAUGAAUAAAGAAGAGGGCCUAUCAUUCAUGUUGAAACCAGUUAUUACCUUCUUGCUUAAAUGCAUGGGUGCUAGUUUUUAUCUUUGUUUUUACUAGAGUACUCUUGUAGUAGCAAGGAUUAGCAUCUUGAAUGAUAUGGCUGGAAGUUGUAGAGAGAAUUGCUAGUGGGUGAUUAAUGUGUGUGCUGUAUUUUGAUACUGACUCAUAAUUUUUGUUUUGGAGAAAGCGUUUUGCUGGACCAUACUAUUGGUGUUAAUUUGUUGUCAUAGAGCCCUCAUCUCAUGAAUAUACUCACCUUAUACAGACUGCCCUUAUAAGUAAUGUACCUGCUCAAAGUGAUAAUAAAAGAAGUUAAUAUAUACUG